AUGAGAUGUUUCAGGUGUGGAGGGCCGCACCUUCAGGCCGUAUGCCCUCAGCUAGUGGGAUUCAAGAGGUGCAAAUUUUGUACGCAAGAUGGACAUUAUGGUAGAGAUUGUCCUAUAGUCAGGAGAACAGGGUCGCAGCCACGCCAGGCUGGGAGAGCCAUUCAGAGGGGUGGUAUUAGGCCACAAGAAGCAGGGAGAGUCUAUGCAUUGAUCGGAGCUGAGGCAGCCAGUGCAGGUAACCUAAUUGUUAGCAGCUGCUUAUUGUUUAGAGUUUCAUGUGUGACCUUAUUUGACUCGGGGACGACACAUUCUUUUGUGUCUGAGGCGUGUGUGGAGAGGCUGGGCUUAGUAGUCAGAGAACUUCAGUGCGAUCUAGUGGUGUCUACACCAACAACUAGGUUAGUUAGGACAUCUAAUGUGUGCUCCAAAUGUCCUAUUGAGGUUGAGGGACAUAGGUUCAGAGUGAACCUUAUUUGCUUACCUCUGCAGGGGCUAAAGAUAAUUUUGGGAAUGGAUUGGUUAUCCGUCAAUCGUAUUCUUCUAGAUUGCGGGGGAAAGAAGAUGAUAUUCCCUAAUGCGGAUGAAGACAUGUCGUUGUCAAUUAAUGUCUUGAGACAGGACAUCAUAGAUGGCGCUAGCUGUUUCUUAAUCAUGUCUCACAUGGACGGGGUUCAAGACUUAGACCCUUCAGCCCAUGGGAAUUAG